AUGGAGACUUAUCAACAUUAUUAUGAAACUUCACUCAAGAAAUUCAUAAAUAACAAAUCAUUCCUAUAUAUAUAUCCAACCAUUUUCAUAGUUGGUGUUGUUAUCAGUACGAUUAUACCUUCUAGAUUAUUUGAUGUUUUAAAAGAUAAUUGGUGGUUAGUAUCUUCUGAUAAUUUCCUUAAUAAAAACUUUGCGUAUAAGGGGAAUCACAUAUUUGCCAUCAUAUUCACCGGUGUUUUUGGGAUUAACCUGUUACAAGAAUUAAAAGUUCAAUCAACAAAUGGGGAGAAAUCAGAAGGUGAUGAUGCUAUUGUUAAAUUAUCAUGGCAAAAAUUCAAACAUUUUACAAUCAAAUUCUCAAUGAAGAUUGUGGUAUUGUUUUUGUUGUUCUAUAUUAUUGAUCAUAUUUUCUUGAUGACUGGUGGAAGUUGUGUUAUUGAUAAAGCUGUUGCUAAUAUAUUGGCUAAAUCAAGUAAGACUUUAGAACAAUGCACAGAAUAUAAUGGGACUUGGGUCAGAUUAGAAGAGGGGUUCUGUUUAAUAACACCGGCUCAAUUGAGUAGAAAGAUAUCAUCUGCUCAAAUAUGUUAUAAAUAUGGUGAAUGGGAAGGUGGAUUUGAUAUUUCUGGACAUUUUUGCUUUAUAACUACUUUAAGUUUGAUCUUGUGGUAUGAAUUAUACGAGUUUGAAGAAAGUUAUUUCCAUAAUAAUGAUGUUGAAUCUCAAAAAGUUGAAUUAGUGGAUUCUUCAUCUUGGUUAGAUCUCACAGUCACUAAUGUUGUUAGAUGGUCUGUUUUAAUCUGUUUAGGUAUUUGGCUGGAAAUUUUGUUAAUUACUGCGGUUUUUUAUCAUACAUUUUUAGAAAAAUUGUUAGGUUUAGCAUUAGGUUAUGUGGGUCCAUUGUUUUUUAUCAUAUCAUACCAAGAAUUAAACCAUUAA